ACGAAACCCAUUUUGACUUUUCAAACAGAACAAAAAUUAAUAAUUAGAAUUUGUAUUACAAUCAAUGCACAUAUAAAAUGAGAUCAGCUUUCACAUUGGCAAUCCUAAAGAAUCGAUUCAAAUCUUCAACAUCCGUCAUUAAAUAGAAAACAAAAGAAAGAAUAACACAACCUCAUUCAUACCUUUGAUUUUCUCCAUUAAUGGCCGCCGAGAUUCGGAUCUUCCUUCAAACUCUGUUUUUAGUUUCUUCAUCUCUCUGUUUCUGUUUCACCAUUAGAAACUCAAUCCCAAAUGGCUUCCUCAAAUUCCUCUUAAUUCUUCCCUUCUUCUUCCUCUUCCUUUACAUUCCUCUCCAAUUCCAAUCCAUCCAUUUUCAAGGCUCCAUUGGCUUCUUCAUUGGUUGGCUUGGCAGUUUCAAGCUCCUCCUCUUUGCCUUCGGUAAAGGCCCUCUCUGCUCCGCCGCCGCCUCCUCCUCCCUCCGCCACUUCCUCGCCGUCGGCUCCCUCCCAAUCGAAAUCCCCGACCACAAACCGGCGGCGAAUCACUCCCAUUCUAAUCCAGUUCUCCCCCUCAGCUUCUCUUCAAAAUUAGGGCUCCUAAUUCUCACAAUCGUCGCGAUCUAUUUCAAAAAUCUCUUCCAUCCAAACGCAAUUCUGAUCUUCUUUUGCUUCGUAAUUUAUCUCCUCCUUGAAAUUCUCCUCGGUGGCGCCGCCGCCCUAGCGAAGGCAACGCUCGGAGUCGAGUUAUUGCCUUAUUUCGACGAGCCCUAUCUCUCUGAUUCGUUACAGGAUUUUUGGGGGCGGCGAUGGAAUUUAAUGACCUCUAGAAUCCUCCGCCUCGUCGUCUAUGAUCCAUGCCGGAAAAUCACCAUUGGCAUCGUCGGGAGGAAACCGGCGGCGAUGAUGGCGAUGACGGCGACAUUUGCAGUAUCCGGUCUGAUGCACGAACUGAUCUAUUUCUACAUGGGAAGGUUGGCGCCAACUUGGGAAGUGACUUGCUUCUUUCUGUUACAUGGAGUUUGUCUUGCGGCGGAGAUGGCGAUAAAGUCGGCGGUCGGCGGGAGAUUCCGGCUGCCGGGAGUUGUAUCGGCGGCGUUGACGAUCGGUUUCGUGAUGACGACGAGUUUUUGGCUGUUUUUCCCGCAGUUUUUGAAGCUUAAAUCGGACGUUAGAAUGUUUGAAGAGUACGCGGCUUUGGGCGCGUUUGUGAAGAGUGUGACGGGCCAACUUAUUACACCAUUGAACAUUUCAUUUCAUUUCAAGUGAGAUAAAACUCCCUAAAGAAAAAUAUUUGGGUAAAUUCUAACUUUGCUCUUAUUUUUGUGCAUCCGAUUUAAUCCUUAAUAAUAAGGUAUUAUGUAGCAAAUUAUUUCUUUUUUGAAAAUAAUAUUUCUUCUAUUAUGAUUGAAAGAGAUGCGUAGAAAUAGUGUAGCAUAAAUUGCACCUAAGUAUUACUCUUUUACAAAAGAGGUUGAAUUAUG